CAAACAUAUUUGGUCGCCCGCGAUUCUGGCUUCUCUCAACAACAUAAAGCUAUCUUCGUAUCAUCAAAUAUGAAGGUGAUAUCACUUGAAAUGAUUAGGUAAAUUACAUGCUUCUUAUUUAAUUAUUUGAAAAUAAUAAACUCUAUAUGAAUACUGCCAUGAAGCAGAGAAUAGUUAUAAAGGUUCACGUGGAGAGUGAGAAAUGCAGAAGCAAAGCUCUGAAAAUUGCUGCUAAAUGCCAAGGUGUGUUGUCGUUAUCAUUAGAAGGAGAAAGCAGUGAUCAUGUGGUGGUAGUUGGAAUUGGAAUUGAUGCUGUGUGCUUAACCAAUAAGAUGAGAAAAAAGUUCCGCUAUGCUACGCUGUUAAGUGUUGAAGAUAUUGUGGAAGAAGGAGCCGAGGAAGGUGACCAAGAUGGAGAAGAAGAAAUGACGCCAAAGGAAAACUCACCUUUACAUCAUUUUCAUAACUCUCUUCCACGUCCAAUACGUGCCACUUAUCUACCACCUUCUCCCAUCUACCUUCAUGUAGUUGAUGAUUCAUUCCAAAAUACCUGCUCCAUCCUCUAAGUUCCUAGGUAUCUGCUUGUGAUUGUAUGGAGAAAGCUUUUGAGUUUCCAUCAAAAGUAUAAAACCAUUCAUGAAAAAAAGUGAGGUUGCAAAUGCUGAGGUAGUGUUGCAGUUGAUAAAAUAUAAUUUAGAUAUUGGUCUUAUUAUUGUAAAGGUAAAGUGUUCUUCUUUUUCCUUUAUUGAAUGGUCUGUGAACCCUCUAGUACUCUUGAUGAAACCUCUGUAAAAUUGUGGCACGUGUAUAUAGGUUGGGUGUUCCAUAAACAUAUUCUAUUAAAUAUUUUCUCUUUGCUGAUUAUAAAGAAAUAUAAUCAAAGCAUAUUUAGCGAUAGGAUAUAAAAUUGUAAUGGCAACGGAGCGGGUCGGGUAUGAAUUUCAUGAUAUUUGUUUUUGUUCCUAUAAUUUAAACUUAUUUCUAUACUUGUA